UGAUGGCGGACUGGCCUUGUGUGAGCGCCCGUAUCGUCAGUCUUGCUUAACUGGUUUAGCUGGUUAUUGCCUCAUUAACCAGGAACGCGUGUGUGGAGGGUCUUCCUCUGCAGGUGAAGCCUGGGGGAAAGGAGACCCGCUUAGAACUAUGGAUUUGUGCACAUGGACAACAAGGAGGCAGCCAAGGAGGCGAUUCAGGGUCUGCAUCACUACAAGCUGCAUGGCGUCGCCAUCAACGUGGAGGCCAGCAAGAGCAUGACCAAGUCCUCCACAAAACUCCACGUAGGCAAAGUCAGCCCCAACUGUACCAGCGAGGAGCUUCAGGCUAAGUUCGAGGAGUACGGGACCGUGCUGGAGUGCGACAUCAUCAAGGAUUACGCAUUUGUGCACAUGGAGAGAGGGGAAGAUGCUAUGGCAGCCAUCAAAGGGCUGGAUGGCACAGAGUUAAAAGGCAAGCGGAUACACGUGGAGCUGUCCAAGAGCCGACUACGAGUCCAGCCUGGAAUGGGUGAGAAGAACACCUGCUUCCGGUGCGGAAAGGAUGGCCAUUGGUCCAAGGAGUGCCCGGCAGACCGGCCAGAGCUGGCAGUGGGCUUCGCCACUGACUACCUUGACCCCUUCGCCAUGUCCGCCCGCUACGGCGAUCAGCCGUUUUUCGAUAGCCGAUACGUCGACUACUAUGAGAAGUACCGGGCAGGUGCGUAUGGAGCGGUGGGGACACCCUAUCCCGACCGCUGGGGGGCUCAGCUGGGGGCCUACAGCGCCGGGCUGAGAGAGCGCUUGCCCAAGGCGUUGGAGGCAUACAGCCAAAGUGCCAUCUCCCAGCCACCCACCUACUACACUCGGGAUCGCAGCCCGCUGCGGCGUGCUGUAGUCUCAGCAGUCACUGACUAUGCCACGGCUGCCACAGAGUACGCCGCUGCUGCCACAGCCUCCGCCACUGCCUCUGACUACGCCAGCUACGCCGCCCAGGACUACACUGGCGCCAACUUCGCUGCUGCAGCGGCCGCUGCGGGCUAUGGAGCGGCCAACGCGACCACCACCAGCGACUACACCAACGCCAGCUACACUGCCGCUGACUACGCCAGUGCUUACGGCUUUGACUACUCCAGUGCAGCGGCCAGCAGUGCCGCCUACUCUGCCGGCUCCACCGGUGAGGUCUUCGCAAGACAGUCGCAGUACUCUGCCUACUGAACAGCAGGUGAGUGAGGGGCAGCUGGGGGCUUCCCGGGGUCUCUCUCCUCUUUCCUCACCAGCCCCAACCAGUCAAUCUGCCAGUGGUUACUCUGUUGUACCCCACCUGGGAACCCAGGAAUGGCUUCCCCCACACCGGAAUUCCUGAAAUCAUGUCUCCACAUCUGGCUGCGUGUGUGCGCACAAGUGUGAGUUGAUCCCUUUUUACUUGUAUAAAUAUCCUGUCAUUAAAACUGCUGUAUUGGAGUUGAGGAUUGAGGUUCUCCGCAGUAUCGCUGCCUUCUUUCUUGUCCUCGGGUGCUCUCUGCUCACAUGGGUCUUUCCCUUCAGCCUGCCUUGGUCAGAGGGAAGAGAGCAGGAGUUAAUCCGAACCUCUUUCCCCACCCCCACACUGUCGGAUGGCACGUCUCUUCCUGUGACUGUGUGUGUAUGUCACGUGCAGGGCACCUCACAGCAGGCUGUCCUUACUCCAGAUUUCCUCCCCGUGUAAAUCUAUGUCCUCACUUCAGUGGGAUUAAUGUCUUGGCAAAUGACAACAGUAGCAAAAAAAAAAUCGGCCACCGGCUUCCCUCCAGCUGUGCCUAGGUACAACCUGUCUCUGGCUAAUUUGGUAGUGGCCAUCAGGAAUGUGACAGGACCACCAACCCCUCACCACCCCGUUGCAUCUUUCCGCAGGUAUGGCAGCUGGAGUUCCUGCUGUGAUCCAUGAUCUCUCUCCCUCAUUUCCGAUGUUGAUCUAGUGCUCCAGGCAUUUCCAGCCCCUUGUGUGACCCUACAAACUCCUGUUGUAUAACUGUCACUCGCCCUCCCCUUUACUCUAAAGCUGCAGCUGGUUACCUAUUGCAGGUGUGUCACUUGAACGUUUCUCAUCAGCUGGUCACUAUGUCACAGGCCAUCCUUCAACUCAACUGGUCCGUGUCAACAGUAAUAUACAGUGUUAUAAUGGGCCCCUCAAGCCACUGCAGAUUAUCCACCUGCCCCAGUGCUCAGAAAUUCCUCGGUGUUGAAAAGCUGAGUAUCCCAGCCCUCUAGCAACAAGUUGCAAAAGUUUGUUUGCAUCCUGCAGUGAGAUAAUGUCUCGUUCUAUCCCUGACCCAGUGGGUUUAAUCCAGCCUCAUCAACCACCCUUGGAGUUUUAUACACUGAGAAAGAGAUGAGGGAGUGAGCAACAUUGGAAUCGCUCAGCACAUCGAAGAUCCUGCGUCGCCUUUCAGGCCAUAUAUCCUGAAGCUGUGUUUAAAGAAGUAACUCCUCCUUUCUCAUCCCUUUGUUUUUGUUUUCAAGCCCACCCUUACAUGUUCUUUUUGUAUGUUGCCAUACGUUGUUGAGACUUUGAAGCUUGACCUUGGUUACUUUUCUGGCUGACGCAGCGAAAGGCGAUGGGCUCUGAUGCACAGGGGGCUGAGCGAGUCCAGGUGAGGCGGGAGCAACUGUUGUGUGCGCGAGCGUGCGUGCGGAUUGACCUUCCUUGCUGUCGGCAAGGGCCGAGUCCGGGCAGCGCCAGAGACGGGCGGCAGCGAUUGCAAUUGAUCUAAAACUGUCCUCUCCCGCUGCUGAGCAGAAUUAACCACUCCCUUCUCCCCACGUGUUGCCGUGCAGAAGGAGCCCACCGGGUGAGGCUGACGCUUGCCUUUGGACCUGAAUCUAAGAUCUCUGUGCGGUAGGAGCUCGGGUGCCACUGACUUUGACCAGCUUGUUUAAACACUCAAUGGCGUGCUGUCUGCUAUUCUGGUGGUUUAGUUAUACCUGUUGUGCCUCUUGCAUUCCAGGAAGGAUAAACUGUGUGCAUGCCUUUGUACAAACUUGAGCUGAGGAAGUUUUUGUCAUUUUUAUUAGACGUGGUGUGCAAUCUUCAGUUUUUCCUCCCCUACCCACCUCCGUUUGUUUCUCUCCUCCUCCUGAGCCUGCCCACUUCCAUGUGAGUAUAGUGACCUUUCCAAUACACCUUACCCUGCCUAAGUUAUUUCAGACACAUAGGUAAUCUUCAGUCAGACCCCAGCUCCGCUGUGUUCCUGCAGAGACCACAAGCUAGAGUUCGGGGAUGGUGCUCGACUCGCCAUUUUCUCCCUCGUUCCCUCCACGCAUGUCCUGCCAGCAUCGACGGCACAGAUCAGGUGUUCGAGUCCUUCGCUGGGGUUGCUCACUCGCGCACUGAACCAGGUCAGAGGUUGGGGAGCGGGUGGUGGUGAGGCGGGUCUUUUCCUUGGCCGGCCAUUAACGGGUUCUGCUUGAGUGGCUUGAAUCGGGACGAGCGUUAGACAGGUGCUUCUUGCUAUCGCGUGCUUCGGCCCGUCGUUGUUAAAGAUGUGCUGUACUGUUGGUUUUUUCUGCCCCUUUUACUGAGCAGUUGAGCAAUUUGUGCUGAGAUCAUGGACGUUUCAAGGGUUUUAGCAGCCUCUUAUCAAUUGCUGCAUUGUUUGUUUUUGGUGGUGGUUUGCAGUGAUGUUUCCAUGUUCUACUAGUUAACGGGAGGGCCAGUUUUUAGUUAAUGAGAGGGGUGGGAGAGAGUGGAGGAACUCCUGUUAUCAUCCCCCACUCACCCCCUCACGUAGUAUUUCAAGUGCUCACCCUCGCCCGAUGCCCAUCUGCCAGCCUGAAGGCUGGUUACCCCUCCCAGCAGCCAUUUAGGUGUCCUUUUGUAUUUACUCCCCAAACCCCCCCCCCCCCCCCCAUCUGCUCAAAAUGGUGUAGCAACUGGGGUCAGGUGAUACUGCCGGGGAGAGGGGCCAUGAGCAUGCAGUGUGGAUGAUGGGCCAUCACAUGGCCAGUACCCUUUUCAGUGGAGAGUGCAAUUUGCCAAUGGUAGUGAGGUGACAUGUGUUGGGCGUUGAGGUUUUUCAUGUCUGGCGGUGUGACCGACGGCUCUCCGUGCGUGAUUCUUUUUUCAGCUCGCGGGGACAGUAGGUUUGUUGAAUGAACUGAAUUGGUGUAUCAUCUCCCCUCCUCUUUAACAGUUUUGUGCCUGUUGGAAUCUCAGCUCCUGUUCCCACCAGCGGAGCCUCUGGACAGUAGCAACUAUCACACUAGCUUCAGGUUGCAUUUCGUGGUAACUGGCGCAGCACCUUGUUUCUCUUCUCCGUUUUUUAUUUUGAUUUCUGUUCGGACCGUUCACUUCUCUAUUUUCCCCUUCCCUCCCCUUUCCCCUCCCGUUCCCCACGUGACUGGGACAUGGUUCCAAAAGGGGCCUGUCCCAUCUGGCCCUCCACUCUGUUUUUUAUUUUUCCUCCUUCAUUUGGCGAGUGUUGGCAGCGCGGAACGGCGCACGGCGCGGGUCAAGUGCGUGAUCUCUCGACACACGCGGACGUACGCUCGCGCGGGCACACGCACACCUCUCCAUCCUUCCCUUCCCCUCCCCUUCCCCCCUCUCCCAUCUCUUCACCCACCCUGUCCCUCCCAACCUCCAGCCCUUUCCAUUCUCAGGCCUGUCGACUUAUAAUGAGAGGCGCCGAGGGCAGGGGAGACCCAGGGCGUGCUGACGGCGCGGCUGCCUGUUUAACCUCCUGCUCUUGUCCACUUCCCCAGUCGCCAUUUCCACCAGCGGCCAAGGCUCGAGAGAUGGAAGUGCAGUUUAGAGUGCGGAGACAGCGGGGGGCCUGAACGCACCCAAGUUGCCACCUGCUCCACCAGUAACAGAAAUUAAACUGCCUGGCGCCUCGAGGUGCGAUCGCAAUCUGAGGAGGAAUGCAGUGGGAUGCUGUUGUGUUUGUCGGCUCCUGGAGGCGGGUGUCCCUACUUGCGUGCAGUGCCACAGACGUUGCACGUGUAGGACAUGUUCGCGUAGUUUAAAAGGGUUUGCCACAGCGCUCAAGGGAUACUUGUCAGACCCCAAACCCUUCCCCCAAGGGUCAUGUUACGACUGGGUGACUAAGCACACAAAGUAAUAAACUUGGUCAAAGAGGUAGGUUUAAAGGAGAGAGAAAGAGGCAGAGGGGAGGAAUUCCGGAGGGGAGGGGGAAUGGAGGGGCAAGUGUGAGGUGGGGACUGGAGGCAUAGAGCUCUUAGCAAGGCAUAGGGCUGGAGGGAGUUGCAGAUGACAAAGCGGGUGCGCUUGGAGGGGAGGGGGGAAUCUGAACACGAGCCUGUGGCACUUACACAACCGAGCGGGCGAGUACCGUGGUGAUGGGUGAACGGAACUUGGCAUAAAUUAGGGCAUGGCCGCUUUUCUGUCCAGUCCUGGAGGAGGUUUUGCUGCCACCCUCCUGUUUUUCGCUGACCCAGGCCCAGCAUUCGUCUCCACAACCCCUCACACACCAUGGAUCAUUUGCAGUUGUUUUCAAUUCCCUCACCAGCAGGCUGGCGAUGUAAUCAGGACCACGAACCCUGGCUGAUUUCCACCUCACUACCCUGUUUUACCCUGCCAGCCUCAACCCCCACCAUCCUGAUACCCCCACGAUGGAAUACACUACCCUCCUUUACCUCCUUCACGACUUCCAUGAUAAACCAUUGAAUAUAAAUAACCCAGGGUGGCUCCUCGACAGUGCUAAGGUGGUCUACUCAGAAUGAACCACCACAACAACCUGAGGGGAGCAGGGUGAUCUCAGAUGCAGAAUCUUUCAUGAAUUCUUCGACCUUUUCUCUUAACCCCCUCCCCACCAGGACUCAUUUGCCUUUUUUGUUUUGAAUGUUGGGCACAGACCAAAAGUGGCGGUGUUACUGCCUUGAGCUGGCCUUGGGCGAGCUAUGUGUGCGUUCUCCAUCCGUGGCGUUCAGAGUGUCUUUGAACAGUCUGUGAUGUGCUUCCUUUUACAGAUUUGGUAAUACCUGUUGACAAGACCGCGGUCCCCCCUGCUACUCACACAAACUCGGGUCGUAUCUUGUGCGGAUUACCCUCACCGUCGGGAUUUAGCGCGGACGACACCAGGGAAAAUACUAUCUGUAUACAUAAAAUAUUGUGCUUUUCUGUUAAACUAGCAGUGAAAAGUUGAUUUCUUUUUUAAAUUUUCCCCAAAUGAACUGUGUUUUGCUUUUUUUUUUGAAGUUCUUUUUUUAAAGAAACAAAUAAAAAAAAAUUUUGUUUGAUUUUGUGUUGCUGGUAACUGUUCUGUGAUGGCUAAGGUCACUAAUUGGGGAGCUACCCUUGAUUUUAAACGUGAACGUAACCCUUUUGUAGUACCCUGCAAUAAACAAUGAGUAUUUGAACAGUC